AAACCCUUUCACUCGGUACUGGCAGCUCUCUUCCUGAUAACAAAGACCCACAUUUCUCAUUCUCUCUCAUAGGGUUUCUCCAGAAAUGGCUACACAAAUCUUCUCUCGUUCGCUCCUCUACAAGCCAACAGCAGUAUUUUCACUUCUCUGCCGUUCCUUCUCUUCGCUCCCAACAAAACCAACAUCGCCUCUCGUGUAUCGCUCUUUCUUCCGUUGUCUCCGCCCACUCGCCGCCGCUUCUCAAUAUCCGCUUUCUACCUCCACUCGCUCAUUUUCUACCCGCACUACGACUUCGUCUCUCAACGACCCAAGUCCUAACUGGUCGAAUCGGCCUCCAAAGGAAACCAUCUUGCUUGAUGGUUGCGAUUUUAAUCACUGGCUGGUUGUUAUGGAAAAACCUGAGGGUGAUCCUACCAGAGAUGAGAUUAUUGAUAGCUAUAUUAAAACCCUAGCCCAGGUUGUCGGCAGUGAGGAAGAAGCAAGGAUGAAGAUCUACUCAGUUUCAACUAGAUGCUAUUAUGCAUUUGGAGCUCUUGUGUCCGAAGAGCUCUCCUACAAGAUUAAAGAAUUACCCAGGGUUCGUUGGGUUCUUCCUGAUUCAUACUUGGAUGUUAAGAACAAAGAUUAUGGAGGAGAGCCAUUCAUUGAUGGGAAAGCUGUUCCCUAUGAUCCUAAGUACCAUGAGGAAUGGAUAAGGAACAAUGCCAGGGCAAAUGAGAGAAACAGGCGCAAUGACAGGCCUCGUAACUUUGAUAGGUCAAGAAACUAUGAAAGAAGAAGGGAAAACAUGCAGAACCGGGAUUUCCAGAAUACAGGCCCAUCUCCAAUGGGUAAUCAGGGCAUGCAGAAUCCUGCAUCUAACAUGGGCAUGGCUAAUCAGGGUAUGCAGAAUCCUGCAUCGAACAUGGCUGGAAUGCCGCAGAACAAUAUGAGUGGACCAGGUGGACCACCACCACCACCCCCUAACAACUACAUGGGCGGGCCGCCACCUCCACCUCAGAACAACUACAUGGGCGGGCCAUCACCUCCACCACAGAACAACUACAUGGGCGGGCCACCACCUCCACCGCAGAACAACUACAUGGGCGGGCCACCACCCCCACCGCAGAACAAAUACAUGGGUGGGCCCCCACCCCCACCAAACAACUAUAUGGGUGGGUCACCACCACCACCACCACCGAACAACUAUAUGGGUCGGUCACAGGACAUGGGAGGAUUGCCACCGAACAAUAUGGGAAGGGUGCCACCAGACAACACAGGAGGAAUGCAGCCGAAUGCAGGUUGGUCCAACAUGCCUGGGAAUGUGCAACAGAACUAUCAGAAUGGGCCUGAUAAUGGCGCCAUGCCUCACCAAGGUCCUCCAAAUUACCAGAAUAACUACAGAUGAAACAGGGAUGGAAACAUGCCUGGUGCAAACUCCUAUCCAGCUUAAUUUUAGAAGACACUAGGCAUGCACUGUAGAUAUGCGAGGAUAUUUUUGCUUCAUCUUUCAAGGUUAAUGUUCUUAAUGUUCAUUUAUCUGAUGAGGGUUUACUUGCCAUAGGGGUUUGCAUGGUACUACAUGUGUUGGAUAUUUACUAGAAUACUUUCACAGCAGUUUCAACAAGGAUACCAUCUGUAGUUUCCUAUUGCAACCUGCUCGAUGUAUUAGGCUAGAAAGUAAAAAGUACUGUUUAUGUGAUCGGAAUGGUCAUAUCAUUUGUUGUUUCCUGUCUCA